AUUACUCACAAGAGGGAGAAGCUGGCUGGCGGUGCUGAAGAUGGCGGAUGGUGACAGUGGGAGCGAGCGCGGUGGCAGCAGCCGCGGAGGGGGAGGUGGGAGCGGGCACCAGCCCUUCCAGAGAGAGCAGGAGACGCAGGAGCUGGCGUCCAAGCGCCUGGACAUCCAGAACAAGCGCUUCUACCUGGAUGUCAAGCAGAACAACAAGGGCAGGUUCAUCAAAAUUGCCGAGGUGGGGGCCGGGGGCUCCAAAAGUCGCCUGACCCUGUCCAUGUCAGUUGCGGCGGAGUUUCGCGAUUACCUGGGGGAUUUCAUAGAGCACUACGCCCAACUGGGGCCUAGCAGCCCGGAGCAGAUCGCACAGUCCUCGGUCGGAGAGGACGGUGGGCCCAGGCGAGCCUUGAAGAGCGAGUUCUUGGUCCGGGAGAACCGUAAAUACUACCUUGAUCUGAAGGAGAACCAGCGGGGGAGGUUCUUGCGGAUCCGACAGACCGUCAACCGGGGGCCCGGGUACGGAGUAGGUGGGCCGGGAGGAGGUAUGCAGGCUGGUCAGACCAUAGCCCUUCCGGCCCAAGGCUUAAUAGAGUUUAGAGACGCCCUUGCAAAGCUUAUAGAUGAUUAUGGUGGAGACGACGAGGAAUUGGCCUGUGGAACCGCGGUUGGGGGCUAUGGGGAGCUUCCCGAGGGCACAUCCAUCAUGGUGGACUCUAAACGGUUCUUUUUUGACGUCGGAUCAAACAAAUACGGCGUGUUCCUGCGAGUGAGCGAGGUCAAACCGAGCUACAGGAACUCUAUCACCAUCCCGUUCAAAGCGUGGGCGAAGUUCGGAGGUGCUUUCAGCCGGUACGCCGAGGAAAUGAAAGAGAUCCAGGAGCGACAGCGGGAUAAAAUGUACGAGAGAAAAGAGGAGUCGGAGGGAGAGGUGGAUGAUGACUGAUGAGUUGAAACGGCUGAUAAGAGUUCACUUCACACAAUGGGAGCAGAGCAGUGUGUCACCUCCCACAACAAUGUGGCCUGGUAUCAGGAGAGUGGCAGGCCUAUUAACCAAUUGGCAACCAGAAAGGACAGUCUCUUCCUACUGUGUGCGUCCCAUGCUGCAGGAGCCUGCUUCCCACUUCAGAACAGUUUGCAACAUAUAUUAUGCCAAAAUAUUGACUUUUUUUUUUUGUACGUUUGGUCUUCUGUAAGGGUUUUUUCGGGCUGUUUGUGCACAUUUUUUCUCUAAUGCAAGCUGGAGGAAGUCGGUAGCCCCUUUUGACAGAUUGGACACCAGUAGGGAUUUUUCAAUUAAGUGAUUGUUUUCAUUCAACGAAAGACUAAUUGUUUUAAUGCCAAUUUUUUUUAUUUGGGAAAUACUGCACCAAAUGUCUUAGAUGUAAAAACAUCUCUGCAAAAACAUCUAAAUUAAAUGACAUACUGAGCACGGACAGCUGAAAAACCCUUGCCAUAGGCCAAAAUGAACAAAAACAUCAAUUUCAUCCUAAUAUAUGCGCAAACUGUUUUGGGUGGGAAGCAUGCGGACGCCUUUACCCACACACCACGGGAGCCUUCUGAUAUGGCCAUUGGAAUUGAUCACUGGGUGGAAUCCAGAGGAGCUGCUACUACUACUGUCACCCAGCCAGCCAAGAGUGUGUAGGGCAUCAAUGAUAAGGUGCCAACACUCUGUCUCAGCCCAGGCAUCAGCACUGCCACACCACCGACCUUACACUACGCCUCUGGACAGUAACAACAGGAUAAAUGGUUUACAAAGAUAACUAUAUUGAAAGAAAAUGGUGCUUAUAAGUGAGAUGAUAAAAAUAAAUUUAAAAAACUAGCUUACAAAUAUUUUUUACCUUAAAAUACCUUAAAGAAAAGGAAAAUAUAUGAAUUAUAGAAGUAUAACGCAGGCUUAUGAAACAUAAUUGUCCAUUGUCCAUUUUUUUUCUUUGUUUAUUCUCACUUUCAUUUGUUGGUUUUCUCCCAGAGAGUGAAAUAAAUAACACUUCUGUGAUUAAAAAAUAUAUAUUAACGCAACA